GGCAGAGCGGGCAGCAUGGACCUGAGCGUGGCGGCUUGGGACGCUGGCCCAGGCCCCCGCCUCAACAGCCUCCCCCGGCCCCGGCCCGCACCCCACAAGGGGGCCAAGAACCCUAAAAAGGCUGUUCUCUUCUUCGAGGUGGAGAUCCUGGACGCCAAGACGCGGGAGAAGCUGUGUUUCCUGGACAAGGUGGAGCCUCAUGCCACCAUCUCUGAAAUCAAGAAUCUUUUCACCAAGAGCCACCCGCAGUGGUAUCCGGCCCGCCAGUCCCUCCGCCUGGAGCCCAAGGGCAAGUCCCUGAAGGAUGAAGACGUCCUCCAGAAGCUGCCAGUGGGCACCACAGCCACGCUCUAUUUCCGGGACCUGGGCGCUCAGAUCAGCUGGGUGACAGUCUUCCUGACUGAGUACGCGGGGCCCCUUUUUAUCUACCUGCUCUUCUACUUCCGGGUGCCCUUCAUCUAUGGCCACAGAUACGACUUCACGUCCAGCCGGCACUCCGUGGUGCACCUUGCCUGCAUCUGCCAUUCCUUCCACUACGUGAAGCGCCUUUUGGAGACGCUCUUCGUGCACCGAUUCUCCCACGGCACCAUGCCGCUGCGCAACAUCUUCAAGAACUGCACGUACUACUGGGGCUUCGCCGCCUGGAUGGCCUAUUACAUCAACCACCCCCUCUACACGCCCCCCACCUACGGCGCCCAGCAGGUCAAAGUGGCACUGGCCAUCUUCGUGAUCUGCCAACUGGGCAACUUCUCCAUCCACAUGGCACUGCGUGACCUGCGGCCGGCAGGCUCCAAGGCCAGGAAGAUCCCCUACCCCACCAAGAACCCCUUCACGUGGCUCUUCCUGCUCGUGUCCUGUCCCAACUACACCUACGAGGUGGGGUCCUGGAUCGGCUUCGCCCUCAUGACCCAGUGUCUCCCAGUGGCGCUCUUCUCUCUGGUGGGCUUCACGCAGAUGACCAUCUGGGCCAAAGGCAAACACCGCAGCUACCUGAAGGAGUUCCGGGACUACCCGCCCCUGCGCAUGCCCAUAGUCCCCUUCCUACUCUGAGCCCCCCCCAACACACCUGGUACCCCUCCCCAAUAAAGCCCACCCUUAACCAGGA